AUGGUGUAUACUACUAAGGAUCCAAGCUUAAAGCAGCUCUGCAAUGAGAAGGCUCUGAAAAUAUACGCCGCGUUUCUUUUUAGUAUCAUACUGCUGGUCAUCGCAGCCCGCUGGUUACGUGAAGUUUGCCGCAAACCCAGUCCGAGGACCUGCCAGAGCUUGAGGGGCUGUGGCAGGCAGAUCUAUCUUGAUAUCUUCCAGUAUUCGACCAGACGUGCAGAGUUUGGUUGGUUUGGGCGGCCAACGUUCGGACUCUUGGUAGUACUUGCCAUUUACCAGUUUUACCUCUUGGGCAACGUCGCUCUCUCCUCAACCAUUCUAGCUCUCAAUCAAGUAAACCACUGGGCUUCACGAUUCGGAUGGAUGGCUGCUGCUAAUAUGGCGUUGUGUACCUUUUUCGGUCUAAGGAACACUCCGAUGGCUCUGAUUACAUCAUGGAGCCAUAUCCAGCUUAAUAUUCUGCAUCGCAUUGGUCGUUGGGUGACUCUGCUGAAGGAGGAGAAUUUGGAUGGCAUUGGAGCUGGGUUUGCCAUGUUAGUCUUGCUUAUGGGAACUUUGAGAAAAGUCGGGUACGAGUUUUUCUACUUGAGCCACGUCGCCGGUUUUACUGCAGCUGUUAUUUUAACAGCUCUUCACAGACCAGAUUGGGCAAAGAAGCUCAACGUGGUCAUGUUAUUCAUUACUGGAAUGUGGCUGUCGGAUCGCAUCAUUCGAGGUCUAAGGAUGGCUUCUAACUCUGUUAACAACUAUGCCACAUUCUAUGCGCUUCCAGGCGGGGGCGUACGGAUUCUUCUCCGAAAAUCGGAUGCUGAGGUCGCUCUACCAGGGUCCCAUUGUUUUCUUUGGGUUCCAAAGAUUCGACUUUUUGAGACACACCCUUUCACAAUCGUUAGUAACGGGCCUUCUGGCUUGGAGCUCGUGAUGAAGCCGUACCAAGGUUUCACCAAAGCGGUUAGCAGCUUCGCAGCACAGCAUCACCGACAUACCUCCUGGGCUUCAUUUGACGGACCAUAUGGAUCAUGUCCGAAAGCAGAAAAGUACGACAAAUUGAUCCUAAUUGCUGGAGGAAGCGGAGCUGCGUUCACUUUUGGUCUAAUGAAUCGCCUUUUGAAUUCGUUUGAUUCAUCUGAAUUUCCAGAUGUCGAGUUUGUUUGGGCAAUGAAGCGCAAGGAGCAAAUUCUCUGGUUCCACGAACACCUCAACAAAAUGGCCAACCUUGAUACUACUGAGCUUGCUUCUGUUGGAACUGAAGACCAGACUGGCAUUGAGCAUGGGCUAUUAUCAUCGGUAGAUAUCCUCACGUAUCGGGCCAUUAACAAGACGAACGAAAUGCCGCCGGAAACAGUUGGCGAUAUUACCGGCCAUAACUUGAGCAUCAACCAUACGAGGCUGAAUAUCGAAGUGGUCAUCGGGGAGGGUGUUAGGACAGCAAAGAGUGGUCAACGACUCCUUGUGGCGGCAUGCGGACCUGAGUCGCUGGUCAAUGGCGUGAGAGACUCAGCGGAAACUUGGCAGAGCAAACGAGAUUUCAUGAUCGAUGUCCAUUGCGAAUAUUUUUAG